AUGGAGACAGCUGGCUACAAACCCAGAAGCAACAGGCAGCAUGUCCUCUAAAGUUCAAUCCAAAGGCUCCAAAGCCAAGGACCACCAGCCUUCCGCCCAAGCGGGUCUGCCACCCCCUGAGGCCAAUGCGGAAGCCAUCCACUUCCUUGAUUCCCUCCGGCAGGAGGAGCUGCUGAUGCUGCUCUUCUCGGAGACCCUGGUCAUGGUGUCAGACACAGGGGAGCCUCAGGGAGAGCUGACCAUUGAUGUGCAGAGAGGGAAAUACAAGGAUGAAUUUGGUAUCAUGUCCUACUGCCCCUUCGUGCACGCCUCCAGCCGCGGCUACGUGGACGGAGUCCUCUGCGGAACCUCGCUUCUGGGCUACCUUUCCUGGAAACUGGAGAUCGUGGAACAACAUAAUCAGGAGUUCAUCAAGUUCCACACCCUUCCCAUGGAACGGAAGAUGAAGUUGCUGAAGCAGGAUGAUCAGCUGGCCGUGACCAGAACUGUCAAGGAGGGUGAGGAAGUGAAGACUAAAGUGAUCGUGUUCCCCUGGCACUCCAUUGCGGGCUUCAUCUCCGAGGCUGCCAACCUAGUGCUGCUGAGGGUGAUGGGCUGGCGGCGGACAGUGCCCAGCAAUGCCCGUUUCCUGGCCUUGGACACCGAGGGCAAACUCUGCUAUUCCACUUAUCAAGCCCUGGGCUCGCAGACCAUCCAGGUGGGCCGGCAGCAGGUGGAAGUGUUCAUUGUGGAGCAGACUGUACACUCAGAGGAGGGCAUCCCCAUGUCCUACCAGUUUUACCUGCUCUCUGAUGGGCACCUGGCCAAGAGGAUCCAGGUGGGCUCCCCAGGGUGCUGCACCAUCACCAAGGUGCCCAUCUUGAGGGAAGAAGACGCUAUUGAGCCUCGCCCAGUGUUUGAGAAGAAGCCCCUGAUGUGGGAGGAGGACAUGGAGCUCUUCUCAAAGUUCAUAGACCGGAAGGAGGAGCUCCGUCUCAGCCACAACAGCUAUCUGCGGCAGCACCCGGAGGCCCACGCGCUCAUCUCCGACUUCCUGCUCUUCCUGCUGCUGCGCCAGCCGGCCGACGUGGUCACCUUCGCCGCCGAGUACUUUGGCCCCUUUGCGAUGAGACGCGCCUCCACCCCGGCCUUGCGCUCCUCCAACCGGCCCAGCCCCUUCCGCGCGCUGCAGCCCGAGGGCGGCGAGGCCGAGGAGCGCGAGGCGGGGAGCAAGGCGGGCGAGGGCCCCGCGGGCUAGGACUGGACGGGGCGGGAAGCCGGGGCGACCGGGCUGAGCUGGGACGCCCGCGGGACACACCCGAGAGGCGCUCUUUCCGGCCUGCGGUUUUGAUGACAAUAAACGGGGCCCUCCCCAGGCUCGCCUACAGCCGGAA